CUCCAGAUCCCACAGCGUAUGGACCCACAGGCUGGUUUUUCUGGUUUGCUCCCCAGGGCAAUUUGCAUAUUUCUCCGAAGAAUCAUCAAGAAGCUGAAAGCCUGUUUUCAGACUUAGAGAGAGGGGAGGCCCACAGUUGUUUCUUGAAAUCAAGGGCUGGGAAUGGCCAGAAGGGGCAGAUGGGGCUGCAGGCUGCCUCAGGUGGCCGAGCCAGCUGUGGAGGGGGAGCCACAUCUGCCCACGGGCCGGGACCUGACCGAGGCCAACCGCUUCGCCUACGCCGCCCUGUGUGGCGUCUCCCUGUCCCAGCUAUUUCCAGAACCUGAGCAAAGGUCCUUCUGCACAGAGUUUGUGGCGGGCCUGGUGAAGUGGCUGGAGUUGUCCGAAGCCGUCUUGCCAACCAUGACAGCUUUUGCCAGCGGCCUGGGCUGCGAAGGAGCAGACGUGUUUGCUCAGAUUUUGUUGAAGGACCCCAUCUUGAAGGACGACCCAUUGGUGAUCCUUCAGGACCUUCUGAGCUUCUCCCUCAAGGAUGGGCGCUAUGACGCGCGGGCCCGAGUCCUCGUUUGCCACAUGACCUCCCUCCUCCAAGUGCCCUUGGGGGAGCUGGAUCUCCUUGAAGAGACGUUCCUUGAGAGCCUGAAGGAAACCAAAGAGGAGGAAUCUGAAACGGCCGAGGCAUCCCGGAAGAAGAAAGAAAACCGGAGGAAAUGGAAGCGCUAUCUCCUGAUAGGCCUAGCAACUGUCGGAGGCGGGACAGUGAUCGGCGUGACGGGGGGUCUGGCUGCCCCUCUUGUUGCCGCUGGAGCUGCGACAAUCAUUGGCAGUGCCGGGGCAGCCGCUCUGGGCUCCGUGGCCGGCAUAGCCGUCAUGACCUCGCUGUUUGGAGCAGCUGGAGCUGGCCUGACAGGCUACAAGAUGAAGAAGCGUGUUGGGGCCAUUGAAGAGUUCACGUUUCUGCCUCUAACGGAGGGCAGGCAGCUGCACAUCACCAUCGCCAUCACGGGGUGGCUGGCGUCUGGCAAAUACCGCACCUUCAGCACUCCGUGGGCUGCCCUGGCCCGCAGCCGCGAGCAGUACUGCCUGGCCUGGGAGGCCAAGUACUUGAUGGAGCUUGGCAAUGCCCUGGAGACCAUCCUCAGUGGUCUUGCCAACAUGGUGGCCCAGGAAGCCCUCAAGUACACAGUGUUGUCUGGCAUUGUGGCUGCCCUGACCUGGCCAGCCUCACUCCUUGCUGUCGCCAAUGUCAUCGACAACCCCUGGGGGGUGUGUCUCCAUCGAUCAGCAGAGGUUGGCAAGCACCUCGCCCACAUCCUGCUCUCCCGGCAGCAGGGCCGGCGACCUGUCACCUUGAUUGGCUUCAGCCUGGGAGCCAGAGUCAUCUACUUCUGUCUGCAGGAGAUGGCUCAGGAGAAAGAUUGCCAAGGGAUCAUCGAGGACGUCGUGCUGCUGGGUGCGCCUGUGGAGGGAGAAGCCAAGCACUGGGAGCCUUUCCGGAAGGUGGUAUCUGGGAGGAUCAUCAACGGCUACUGCAGGGGGGACUGGCUGCUGAGUUUCGUGUACCGCACGUCCUCGGCGCAGCUCCGCGUCGCCGGCCUGCAGCCCGUGCUGCUGCAGGACAGGAGGGUGGAGAACGUGGACCUGUCCUCCGUCGUCAGCGGCCACUUGGACUACGCCAAGCAGAUGGACGUCAUCCUGAAGGCUGUGGGCAUCCGCACCAAGCCAGGCUGGGACGAAAAGGGGCUCUCGCUGGCCCCAGGCAGCCUCCCCCAAGAGGAGCCUCGCCAGGCAGCAGCCACCACCACCUCAGACAAGACCACCCCCCAGGAUGGGCAGACCCGGGGUCCUGCUCCCGGAGACACCCCCAAAGUGGCCACAGCCGCUGACCCCAGCCACACCCAGGUGCCAACAGGGCUGGACCAAUCUGAAGGGGCCUCCCUUGCUGCUGCUGCCAGCCCCACUGAGAGCCCCCCGGCCUGCAGCCAUGGUGUGGGCCCCAACCCACUGGGCUGCCCCGACUGUGCCAGCGAGACCCAGGGGCCCUGCCCCGGGCUGGACUGACCCCACAAGGGCACUCGAGCCGUCUUCCCAGAUUGCUGUGUGCGGCGUUCUCCGACCCCCUCCGUCAGCUUCCCGCAGGAG